UGUUACUAGUCGACGAGCAGAUGCCAAGUUCUUCUUUACAUAGACUUUUCUCUUUACUCGUAAUCUCUUGGUAAACAACACUGGCGGUCUAAUUUGUGUUAUUGACGGAGCAUGAGCUCUGAGAGUAAAAGAACCGUGGAAGAGUUAAUCUUUUUUGACAAGAUUAAAAAAGCUAGUGAAUAUGUCAGUGAGGUUAGUGAACGGCUUCUCGCAGAGGAGCGUGUUGCAUGGAAUACGUCCAAGACUCCGCUGCAACUUAGAGAAGAGAUAACUAAGAUGUCUGAGAAGAAAGCAAAGGAAUUAUUCACUACUGAGGACGAACGACAAGCUUGGAUUGAGUCAAUCAGGAAAUCUGUGGAGUUAAAUUUACAGAGUCAAGUUCGUGAGUUUCUUGGGACGCCACCGAACAUCAAGAAAAAAAGACUUCGGGAACAAAAGUUGGAGGAAGAACAACGUAUUCAAAGCAAUAGUCAAAACAAAACUACUAAUACUAAUAACAGAAGUCGUAGUUCAACCAUAGAUGACAACGAAGAAAGUUUUAACACGAAGAGAAAUCCGAUAUCCAAAAAAUAUGGCCUACAGUCGUACUCACGCAUACAGAAUGGAAGACGGACAAACGAUGAAGAAGAUCUGGAUUUUGACCCCUUGUCUAAUGAAUUUAAUAAACACUUUAGUCCCUACACGAGGGCAGCUUUAGAAAGUAUCGGAAAUAAGACAUCUGAACAAUCUGUAAAACCUAAGCCUUAUAAACAAGCUCCUGGAUCAAUAUGGGUUGAUUCUCAAGGCAAAAGCCACGAAAUUGCAGGUCCUUAUUGGCCUAAAGACCAUCUACCUCUUUAUUCCAACCAAAAACACAUUGAAAAAGCACCCGAUUUUACUGAACCUCUAAACUCUGCCGCGGCAAAGAACAUAAUUAGAGAGGAAGAUAACAGCCUUUUUCCAAAGCCUUGGAGAGGGACAAUGACAGUGUAUGAAAGAUCUAAUACCAAGCUCUGCCCUACAGCUCCCACUGGUUGUUUCCCUAGCCUAAAAUUUGAGUCACGGUUUGAAUGUGGCAACCUUCAACAAGCAAAAAGAAUUGGACGGUGUGAAUAUGACUUGAUAUUGACCACUGAUCUUUAUACCAAGAGGCAUACCCAAUGGUAUUAUUUCCGUGUUGAGAACAUGGUUCCUGGGGUAUCCUACAAGUUCAAUAUUGUCAAUCUUUUAAAAAGAGAUAGUUUAUAUAAUUAUGGAAUGAAACCACUUCUAUAUUCUCAGAAGCUUGCGGGAGAUAAUAAUGUAGGAUGGAAAAGAACUGGGCAUGGCAUCACCUAUUCAAGAAAUACUUCACACAAAGAUCCUCUCCUUGCAAAAGAAUUGGCUUACUAUAUAUUGAGCUUCAAAGUGGAAUUCCCACGUGCAGGGGAUGUUUGUUACCUUGCACACUGCUACCCAUACUCCUAUUCGGACUUGGAAUUCUAUUUGAGAACCUUGGUGGAUAGUCCAGCUACUUCACAGCACGUCAGGAAGGAGGUAUUGUGCAAGACUUUGGCAGGAAACAACUGCUACGUACUGACCAUUACGUCAUCACAGGUUCCAGACCACAAGAAAUCGGGGGUGGUCAUCAGUGCCCGCGUGCAUCCCGGGGAGACUAAUGCGAGUUGGAUGAUGAAAGGUGUCUUGGAUUACUUGACUAGUAGCGAUAAAAUCGCCGAGAACCUUCGAAGGAGGUUCGUUUUCAAGAUAGUGCCAAUGCUGAAUCCUGACGGGGUCAUCGUAGGUAACUAUCGGACUAACCUGGCGGCGAAAGACCUCAACAGGACGUAUAAGGAACCUGAUAAGGAUAAUUUCCCUACCGUAUGGCACACCAAGAAGAUGCUCGAAUCUUUCAGGGAAAUCCACGAGGUCAGUAUCUACUGUGACCUUCAUGGACAUAGCCGUAAGCCCAAUGUGUUUAUGUACGGCUGUACUGAAGAUCCCAAGGUGGGAUCAGUCACUAACUUCCUGGAAGAACGCCUCUUUCCUUGGAUGAUGUCUCAACGAGCUCCCGAUAAAUUCUCAUUCCAAGGAUGUAAGUUCAUCGUUCGCAAGUGUAAAGAAUCCACAGCUCGUGUGGUCAUGUGGCGUCAACUGGGAAUCGCCAACAGCUUUACUAUGGAGGCUACAUUCUGUGGAGCUAAUUUCGGAGACAUGGAGAGGGGGCGUCAUUUCAAUACACGUGACUUCCAAGAUAUGGGUCGUCAUUUCUGUGAGGUGCUGAUGGAAUACUCUGAAGCUAAAAGUGCUAACAGGAACGAAAUGACGCAGUCGUUUGUAGAACUCGCCUGUAAAAUGACUCGCGAUAUCCUACGACACUCGAUGGGAAACUUCAAGCGAAUUACAGACAAUGAUUCCAAUGCCAAAACAUCUGCUACGACAGAACCAAACGAAAAAGAACAACCGAUCAACGCCGGGCAAAGCACUCAACGUGGUAUUCGACUCGCUCCUCGACUGAAGGAUGUUAACUACAUUGAUGUUGAUGUUAAGCAAGCACGAACUAUAGGGAACCCGUCGAGCAGAAAUCAUGAUUAUGAAGUCUCUGUCAAGAGCAUACAUGUCGAUUCGUUUAAUGACUGUAUCAAGAUUUUGGAAGGACUUGAUUUGAACGAGUGUUACGAUGAAUCUGAUUCUAGUGAUUCCGACAGCGAACCAGGAGAAGAUGAAUCGUUCAAGAAGGAUUCGAAUAGCGAGAUAAAGAGAAAGAAGAAGAAGAAGAAGAAAAGAAAAGAAAACUGGUGGGAAAGCUUGUCGAAAUCUGUUCCGGAGAACAAGGAAAAAGCGUCAGAGGAAGAGCAAGUUAAAACAGACAACACGAAAGAACUUGAGAAGGAAGCGGCCGCAGAAGAAAAAGAAAAGAAUGAGUCUCAAUACCCACUAGAUGUCUCUCCUAAUGAAUCAAACGAGGCCAUGAUUGCCUUCACCAACACAACAGAACUGAAUUUUGUCACAGCCCAAAGACGUCUGACCUACUACAUGAUGAACAGAGCACAACACAGUAACAAACAAAACGAGUGUGUCAGGUCAAUAUCACACCCAAACCUAACCAUCAUGCCUAGCAAGCCUGAUAUCCCUAAGGUUGAUUCCUUCAAGAUGGACUACCUUGAUGGAGGAGGUUAUGGCUUCGCAAUUCGAUUUCCCGCCAAAAAGAACCAGGAAUCAGAGAAGACUACCGAAAGAAGUGAUAGUAAGUCACAAAGACAGGUUUCACUGCAGAGUUUUGAGGAAGCGAGGUCAAGCGCUGAUGAAAUAGAGAUGCCAUCAUUCGUAGAGGUUCAUGCAAGAAGCAUGUCACCAUUUCGAGAUGUUAGAAGACGAAAACAACAACCUAAACAUGAAGAAAUCCCUGCUCGGUCUAAAGACAGCAGUACUACUAGGGACUUAGAAACAAUGCUACGUCUAGUGAACAAUACCCAAAACUGCAAAGCUAGUUAUGUGGAAUGUGAUUAUCAAGAUGAACUCUUAACAGAGUUUAAUAGACUCAACAUGAGGACAAGAAGACAUGAUUUUCAUCGAACAAGAAACCAAUUUAGUCACCGCAAAGGUCCUUCAGUGAACAACCGCUCAACAGUCGAACUGCGAACUCCUGUCUUCUCUUCCUUCAAUGAUAAUUAUUCAGAUGCUUCCUCACGAAGUAAUGAUAAGAAAGAUCACGCUAUCUUACCCGAAUACGAACCAUACUCUAGUGCUAUUCCUUCAUAUUCUUCUGUGGGAUUCUCAAGCCCAAAAAACACGAGAAAAACAUAUAGAUAAAAUAGGGUUUAAAAACAAUUUAUAGUUUUGAUUAAAAAGGUAUUUUUGAAAAAGGAUAGAGCUUUUACCUACUAGGAUAUAAAAUAUAGUUUCACCUUUCAAUUUUCGUUUUUCGCGCACAAUAAAGGCUAGCAUAAGAGAGCUCUCUUAUGUAACCGGCGGCAAGGCGCUCAGCUAUGAAUCAGAUUGCAAGUGGUUUUGACAAAAGAAUUUAUUGAAAAAUUCACACAACUUUACAAUACAUGA